CUCUCAACGCUGUCAAAGAAUUUCCUCAUGGAUUUGCGGUCUUUGAGUUGUCAUGUUAUGAGUUGUGGUGGGAAUGUUUAAUUUGGAUAUUGUGAUCGACAGUGCGGUGAUGUAUGAACGACUUUCGUUUUAAACUUAUUUAAUACGUCUUUGUUGACAUCACUGCCUUCAGCACAUCCCUGUGAGAUCAUCGCAACUUCAUUUCUAUGAACUUAUUUCUCAGUUAUGAUGAAUAAUACGCAAACAGUUGAUUUUCCCUGACCGGGGCUCAUUGACAAGAAUAUGCUUUUGGUUUGACACUGAUUCGUUUUGAUAAAAGUACACUUGUGGAUUCUUCAGGGAGAGACACGGGUUUUAUUCCAGCAUGUCCCGGAGGAAACAGGCUAAGCCACAGUAUGUGCUCAUCGAUUAUAUGAUGGAGAAUGACCCCACUCCAACCCACGGUGUCCAUAUGUGUCAACAAUGCUGUGCUGAAUUUUCCAGUAUAACAGACCUCUAUCAACAUCAGAAAGACUGUUCAAAGGACCAGUUAGUUCUAAUAGUAAGUGGAAACGAAAGCCUAGAUUCUCCACCUUCUGGCCUCACAAUCAAUUCAUCAUUCUUCAACACUGAGGAGCAUUUGAAUGGAGUGACAAGUAAUGACAGUACGGAGGAACAUUGUGACUUUUCUAAUGGUAGAGCAUCAGUGGAUGUUGACGAAUCCUUACACAUAUAUGAAAACUGCAAUCAUGACAUUGCCAAAAAGUCUAAUUUACAUCAUGAUAAUGAAAACUAUGCUGAUGGCUUUAGCUCAGCUGUCCUACCUCAAGAGAGUACCUUACUUGAGUUAUGUAAAUUGUCAGCCAUUAAUAGCAAUGUCUUCAUUGAGAACCUUGAAAACACCAAAGUUGCUGUUGCUCAGUUCUCACAGGAAACUAGUUUGAAUCCAAAGACAAGUUGCAGGAACUCUAGCAACACCAAAUUGGCCUCCUCUAGUUUGAUUGAGCAGCUGUUAUCACUGCAGCAACAGCAGAUGCAGCAAUUCAAACUAAUUGAAGAUAUUCGACACCAAAUAAUGCUAUUAGUAACCCAAAAUUCUGAUAAACCUUUGGCAACAAACACCCACAGUGGUCUGUUUCAAACCAGUUCACUGAGAAAACUCAGCUCACACCUCACACAACAACUCACAACAGCUGCUGGGCUAGUGGAAAACCUAACUGCUAAUGCUAAACAGUCUAAACAUGUUAUUUCACAAAACAACCAAGAUGGUUUAAGGGAUGAAAAAGGAACCUCCCAAAUGACUGAAAAAAAUAGAGACGACCCUUUGCCAUCAAAGGUUGGUAGUGAUCGGUGUAGUAAUCCAUCUUUGCCAGGAAACACAGUCAGUGAUAAAGUUGAUGGCUCAGCUAAUUUAAAAACAACUUCACCAUCUCCUGCUUCAUUUACAGAUGGGAUUCUAAACAAACUCGAAUUGGCCCAUAAACAAAACAGCUUUAAUAUGUUUGAAAACUCCUUGCCUAGGAUUGGGGCAAUUGUAGAGGACCUGAAUGCUUUAACUGCCCUAGCCCAACAUAGGAAAGUCAAACCUCUCAAUGUGAGUUUAUGUGAACACAAGAGGCCAUCCGAAGAUUGUAUAUUCAAGCACAAAUGCAGGUUCUGUGCCAAAGUAUUUGGAAGUGAUAGUGCUUUGCAAAUACACCUGCGGUCUCACACUGGAGAGCGACCCUACAAAUGUAACAUAUGUGGGAAUCGAUUUUCCACCCGUGGAAAUCUCAAAGUCCAUUUCCAACGUCACAAGGAGAAGUAUCCUAACAUACUAAUGAAUCCUUAUCCGGUUCCAGAGCAUUUAGAUAAUGUCCCAACCAGCACAGGUAUUCCUUAUGGCAUGUCUCUGCCUCCUGAGAAGCCUGCUCUUAACUGGUUGGAUAGUAAACCUUUAGUGGGUAACUCUCUUGGCUUUGUGCUUCCAUCAUCUUUGCCAAGUCUUCCACCCAUCAUUAAAAAAGAGGAGGAAGGGGUAUCAAUAACCAAACCUCAUAGUCCUGUUGUCAGUGAGGUGUGUGAGAGAAGUAACAGGCAUCAAGAGGGAUUUAGCAGUAGCCCUCCUCUAACUUCAAAUGAGAAACUUCAAGAGGUUACACAACCCUUGAGUAUCGCUACCUUACUAAGCUCCUCAGGGGAAGGUUUAAGAGAUGACAUUGCUAUUAAUACCUUGGUCAGUACAAGAUUAAUAACUGAGCUAAAAUCAGAGCAGCUAGAAACCAAAUUUCUUUUUGGAAGUCUUCCAAAUCCCUCCGGAGCAUCUGAGACUUCAAAGCUGGAGCAGUUGGUGGAGAACAUUGACAAGAAGUCUACUGACCCUAAUGAGUGUGGAAUCUGCCACCGGGUUCUUAGCUGUCAAAGUGCCCUUAAAAUGCAUUACCGCACCCAUACUGGAGAAAGGCCAUUCAAAUGCAGGGUGUGUGGACGGGCUUUUACAACUAAGGGCAAUCUCAAGACACACUAUAGCAUUCAUCGUUCCAUGCCAACUCUUAGAAAACAGCAUUCUUGCCCCAUAUGCCAAGAAAAGUUUACAAAUGCAAUGGUUUUACAGCAGCAUAUCCACAUGCAUAUGGGUGGUCACAUCCCUAACGUCCCACUGCACGAUAGUGAAGAACCAAUGGACCAGGACACUGACUCUGUAGAUGGUAGGACCUUGGAAGUGGAUACCUUUCCCAAUGAGAACAUAGAAAUUAUGGAAGGUGUAUCUGAUUCAAAAUACCAAGACUCUUUACCAGAAAGUCUAAGUUCUUCAACUGCUUCUUCUGUGUUUGCCAGAGCCACUGGGUCAGAAGGUCAGAUUACAGUUUCAAAUGUGGAGAAUUUGUCAAACAUCAAUAAGUUGACUAUGGGGAAUGGAUCAGUGGAUAGAGACUGUUUAACCCAGAGAUCAUCUUCACUAAACAGGGAUCAUGAGAGUUUAAGGAGGAGGAUUUUGGCCAUCACUGAGACAAACCCCUCCUGGAACCCAUCCUGCCCCAAUGGCCGUGCUUAUGAAAUGCAAGGAUACACGACAACUGACAGAAACCUGAAAUCUGCUGAAUCAAACAACUCAAGCCUACAGCCUAGUCCCACAGUGUCUAGUUUACUUGACGGAACAUCUGGAGAUGUACCAAACGAUAGCUUGACCAUGAUUUUACCCUUCAAUGACCGGGUAUCCCUAAAAAGCAAUGUUUGUGAUAUUUGCAACAAGACGUUUGCCUGUCAAAGUGCUUUGGACAUUCAUUAUCGAAGUCACACCAAAGAGCGCCCAUUCAUCUGCACUGCGUGCAACAGAGGGUUCUCAACCAAAGGUAACCUUAAACAGCACAUGCUUACCCACCAGAUGCGAGACUUACCUUCACAGCUGUUUGAGCCAGCAAAUCAGAUCCUGAUUUUUCCUCCAAACCAGUUUUUACCCUCCAUGGAACCAAUCAUUCCGUCAAAAAGAAUUGAACACAAUUGGCUCAUUAAAAAAGAUCCUAAAGAUUCACCCGCAGGUGUAGUUAGCUCAACAGCUUCCACAUUACCUCUACUCUCCACACCAACAUUAACAGCAACACCACCUCGACGAACUGCUAAACAGCACUUCUGCCACACUUGUGGGAAGACCUUCUCUUCUUCAAGUGCACUGCAGAUUCAUGAAAGAACCCACACUGGUGAGAAACCCUUUGCCUGCAACAUAUGUGGACGUGCAUUUACCACUAAAGGAAAUUUGAAGGUUCAUAUGGGAACACACAUGUGGAGCAGUUCUCCAGCCAGACGAGGUCGCAGGCUUGAUGGUCCACUCCUUAGGUCCAAUUCUGAGCGAUUUCAAGACACUCCUCCAAAAGAUGUUGUGGAUAAAGUAUGUAACGGGGAUUCCAUAGGUCUCUGGGGCCAGUAUACCUCUCUCACUGGUUCUUUGGGUAUGAGGACCAAUGAAAUGCCUGUAAUUCAAAAUGGUGCCAUACCUCACCUGUCGACUUCUGCUGGGCAUCUGGAAAACUUAGAAAAAUUACAACUCAACAGAGCUUUACCUUGGCUUGAGAGAUUGAGCGAAAAUGGUGCAACUUUUCAUUUCCGGCAAUUGGUUGAAGAUAAUAAAACAACAGUGACUGAUUGAAUUUCGUCUUUUAGGAUGCAAACCCAUAAUUUAAAUGUGAUGCAAUUUCAUAGGUGUGCUGUUUCAUUCAGGUUUUUUUGUACAAGUGUACCCUAUGUAGUGACAUUAUUAAAGAUUCUGCUGUUGGUUAAUGUUGCCUAGUUUGGGUAGAUCUUCACAACUGAAGUAGUGUUGAUUGUAUUGUAUUAAUUAAUUUGAUGCUAUUUUGUUGUUUUGCUGAGGAAGAUAUGCAGCUAUGAUCUAUUAUUUUAUAGCAUUUAAGUUUUUUUAAUAAUUGAAGGUAUUCACGCUGCACAUUUGCUAAACACUUGGUUGUAAUAUAUAGGUUUUGUAAUGAGGUAAAUUUGUAUUUAAUGGAGAAAUGAAUCUAUUUCUUUAUCCAAAACUAUUUAUCAAUCAGUGUUUCACAUUAAUAUAAUUUGAGCUUGAAUUGUGUGUUCUUUUUAUACUUACAGUAUUUGCAUUGUUAAUGUAAACAACACUAAACAUACUAAAACUAUUUUUUAUUUUUGUAUUGUUUUAAAACAUACUCUGUACAUUUAAAUUGUUACAUUGGAGGAACUGUUAUGUAUGACGUUAGUUCAUGUUGUGGCAUCAUGUCUUGAAUGUUAUGGCAACUGCAAAUUCUCAAAGCCAUUUUUCCAUUUUAACUGUCAUUUGGCUUAAACAAAGCACAAUCAUUUCACUUCCCAUUUGAUUAAUAAAAGGAGUGUGCUUUUGAAAUUA